CAUCAUUUAGUAGUUUUGAAGGGCAAUGCAAUGUAGUUUAUAUAAUAUCAGUCAAACCAAGGUAAGAAUGUCAUAACCUGAUAAAGUCAGCACCGAUUUUAUCAGCAUGUGGGAAUGCGACCCGAUCUUAUCCUCAGGAGUAGCGAACAGCUACCAUUCAACCGGGCCCCUGUUCGUGCAUACAUUGCAAAGUUUGCUGGCGGCGCAGUGUGCUUUGUCAGGAGAUUAUCUAUGGCCUUCUGAUAGAACGGAAGCUGUUUUUAAUGAUCCUCACUACGACUUCAUAGUGGUGGGUGCGGGUUCUGCAGGCGCGGUAGUUGCCAAUCGGCUCAGUGAAAUACCAGAAUGGAAGAUAUUACUAAUUGAAGCGGGUGGUAACCCCAACAUGGCCACAGAGACGCCGUCGGGUUUUUACAAUAACAUAAAUACUUAUGUGGAUUGGGCCUAUAAACCACAACCACAAGAAUUAGCAUGCAGAGGAUAUAAAAAUAAACGUUGCGCCUGGCCUCGCGGAAAAGCUUUAGGAGGUAGCAGCAGCAUCAACGCUAUGUACUACGUCAGAGGAAAUAAAUUAGAUUACGAUGAAUGGGCAGCUAAUGGCAACACAGGUUGGAGUUAUGAAGAAGUGUUACCGUAUUUUAUUAAAAGUGAAAACAUAUCGACAGUUUUAACCGAAGAAAAUAAGAAGUAUCAUGGAAAAGAUGGCUAUCUACACGUAAAUAGGAAUGAAUUAACGCAACCAGUAGAAGAAAUGAUAUUAAGUGGUAUGAGUGAAAUUGGUGUAAACGAAAUAGAUGACGCAAAUGGUGCAAAUCAAAUGGGAGCCACAGUAUCAUAUAAUACUAUCAAAGAUGGCAUACGACAUAGUACGGCGAGGGCAUUUUUAAGUGUUAUUAAAGAUAGACCAAAUUUACAUGUACUCAAAGACGCCUAUGUUACAAAAAUCCUGUUUCAUACUAACACAAAUAAAAUGAAAGGAGUAUUAAUACAAAAAGAUGGAAAAGAAAUACAAGUCAUUGCAAAGAAAGAGUUGAUAGUAUCAGCUGGAUCUAUUAACACACCACAACUACUUAUGUUAUCAGGAAUUGGUCCAAGAAAACAUUUAGAAAGUUUGGAUAUUGAAGUAAUAGCUGAUCUACCGGUUGGUGAGAAUUUACAAGAUCAUGCAUUUUUCCCAAUUAUUUACAGUUCAGCAACUAAUGAAAGCCUUAUGACGUUUUCUGCUAUAGGCAGUAACUUUUUAGAAUACAUGUUUACUCAUACAGGCAAGUUUUCGGAUAUCGCACCUAGCAGAGUGAUAGCUUUUGUCAAUGCCUCGGAUCCAGAUGCAGUAAGUCCUGAAGUACAAUAUCAUUUUAGUGUCUAUUCUCCACAAGUGAGCAAUUAUAUCGACCUGUACGGUUUACAUGGCUUUAAAGAGGAGAUAUCGCAAAAGUUUAAAGAUGUAAAUAACAACACAUAUAUAGUUUAUAUAUCAAACAUAUUGUUAAAGCCUAAGUCAAGGGGGAAGAUAUUACUUAAGAGUAAAAAUCCAAAUGAACAUCCUCUUAUAUUUGCUAAUUAUUUCCAAGAACCCGAAGACUUACAAGUUCUGUUAAAGAAUGCAAGGAAGUUCAGCUUAAUUUUAGAAAAUACUGCAGCGUUUAAAUCUGGCAAUUUUAUACUAGAUUGGAUGGAUUUAGAAGCGUGUAGAAAUUUUGACAAGGCAUCAGAUGAAUUCUUAGAGUGUCACGCUAGGGAAGUAACAUUUUCCUUGUACCAUCCAGUUGGAACAGCUAAAAUGGGACCUGAUGGCGAUGAGACAGCAGUCGUAGAUCCUGAACUGAGACUUCGGAAAGUAGAGGGCAUCAGAGUAAUAGAUGCAAGUAUCAUGCCAACUAUUGUCAGUGGUAACACUAACGCGCCCACUAUUAUGAUAGGUGAGAAGGGGGCAUCAAUGAUAAAGGAGUUUUGGUUGAAGAACAAAUAAUUUAGAACAACAUAAAAAAUCUUCUACAUAUUGGAAGCAAUAGUAAAUUUAAAAAUAUAUGACUAAUUGACUAUUACAAAGUAGUACAACUACAACACAAUUUCAAAUCAUGUAAUAUAAAGUUAUGCAAUAAUAAUUAACUACAAUAAAAUAAGAUUAUUUUAUUUUAUAGAAUAA